ACCCUAAUUAAAAAAACCCACACUAGCCGCUCCACUCAUUUCGACUCGUCUCCUUCCCCUCACAAACUGAUUUUCCCUUUCCCAAUAAUCAGAAAGAACAAACCAGAAAUGGCUGCCGUUGAAGAAACAAAAUCAGAGAAAGAGACUGAAGUGAUUGCUCCUGAAGCCGAAGAAGUAGUAGAAGAGGAUGAGGAAGAGGACUGGUCAUCGGACUCCGACAUCGGAGAUGCAUUGGACUAUUUGGAUUCCAAGGACGACGACGCAGUUGAAGGCGCCUUCACUAUCAAUUCGCGGCGCCCAAAUGCCCAUGGAGGCCUUCACUCUCGCCCUAACUCCUCUACUCUUCAGCCUCUCUCUAAUCGCAACCAGAGGUUCUCCACUCACAUCCGAGCUUCGCCGUUAGAGGAGUGGGAAGGGAGGCAUGUUGGGAUGUCCAACUCUGUGACGACUGCGAUUAGGGAAAGUGUUCGGGACAUGGCCACUGGAAGAACAAAGACUACUGAGAAGGCGGAUCGUGCCACUGUUGAGCAGGCUAUUGAUCCUAGAACUCGGAUGGUGUUAUUCAAAAUGCUGAAUCGCGGUGUGUUUAAGGAUAUCAAUGGCUGCAUUUCUACUGGGAAAGAAGCAAAUGUUUAUCAUGCAACAAAAGCUGAUGGCGGGGAACUGGCAAUCAAAGUCUUCAAAACCUCUAUUCUUGUUUUUAAGGAUAGGGAUAGAUAUGUACAAGGGGACUACAGGUUCAGACAUGGAUACUGCAAGCACAAUCCUAGGAAAAUGGUGAAGACAUGGGCCGAGAAAGAAAAAAGGAAUUUGAUCAGGCUAAAGGCUGAAGGAAUUAGGUGCCCAGAAGUAGGUCCUCUAAGACUUCAUGUUCUGGUGAUGGAAUUCAUAGGUAAGGAUGGUUGGGCAGCGCCACGCCUAAAGGAUGCUGCAUUAUCACUUGACAAGCUACGAGAAGGUUAUAUGGAGAUGGUUAUUGCUAUGCGAACAUUAUAUCAGAAGUGCAAACUGGUGCAUGGAGAUCUCAGUGAAUACAACAUACUUUAUUUUGAGGGCCACUUGUAUAUCAUCGAUGUUUCUCAAUCAGUUGAUCUCGACCACCCUCAUGCCCUUGAUUUCCUACGUGAAGAUUGUGUCCAUGUAUCCGAUUUCUUUAAAAAACAUGGUGUAGCUGUCAUGACAAUUCGAGAGCUCUUUGACUUUAUAGUGGAUCCAUGUAUUGCUGAUGAUGAUAUAGACAGUUAUCUGGAGAAGGUACAACAAAAAAUCAUGGCAAGAGGAGAUAUGACAGCAGAGGAGGAAAUUGCAGAUGCUGUAUUUGUGCAGUCAUACAUUCCAAAGACGCUAGAUAACGUGAAGAAUGCUGAGGCGGACGUAAUACGAUUAACCAGUGGUGAGGACACUGGAGACAUGUACUAUAAAACUAUUACAGGAUUAAAGGAGGCUCUUCCAAAUGGCCAACCAGCUCCACCUGAGAAAGAUCUGGAACAUGAUGGUAAUGCCCCAGAAGAGUCCUUGGUCGAUCCGGUUGGUGGUCCUGAAGCUCAUGAGACCGAGUCUGACUCUGGUACAGAUGAAGAAAGCUCAAGUGACUCAGAAGGGAAUUCCCCAUCAAAAUCCAAGGCACAGGAUCCUCUUGAUAAGAAAGCUGCUAGAAAAGAGAACAAGAAGAAAGUGAAAGAAGAGAAGAGGGAAGCUCGGAAGACUAAAGUGCCGAAGGCUGAUAAGAAGAGAAAGAAAAAGAUGGCCAAAGCCCACAAGACUAGAUAGCUGACAGUACAACAUUUACAUAGUUAAAAUUUUGAAAUUUUGCCUAUUUACCGGUACCAUUUUGUUAAAUAUGAGAUGUGACGGCUAUAUAAUUAGAUCAAUAACCACUUUCAAAUUUUGAUA